CGAGCCUAGAAGGAGGGUGGAGAGUCUGGGCCUCAGAGGAGGAGCGAGAGAAAGCGGGGUGGCUCGGGGACCUGAGGCUCGAGAGGCCCGUCCUUCGGCUCAGGUCCCGUCGCGCUUUCGCCCCUUCUGGGUGACCUCAACCCCUUUAUACAGACCCCACCUCUCCGGAGCCGGGAGUACCGCCCCUGGAGGGGGAGGGGAAGAGCUGGCGACUGGAACGCGGAUUGAGUCGUGCGGGCACCCGUAGCUGGGCACCGUGGAACGCCGGUCCCGGGAGAGAAGGGAGGUGUUCCCCGGCCGGGAGGGCAGCUCGGGUGGGCCUCGCGGCGGGCCGGGGCCUGACUCGCCCCCGCCCUGAAGAGCGCGAGCGUGAGUCGGAGCUGGGGCGACGCGCGGAGCGGCGGGCGCAGUCAUGGCAGACUACUGGAAGUCACAGCCAAAGAAGUUCUGUGAUUACUGCAAGUGCUGGAUAGCAGACAAUAGGCCUAGUGUUGAAUUUCAUGAAAGAGGAAAGAACCAUAAGGAAAAUGUGGCAAAGAGGAUCAGUGAGAUUAAACAGAAAAGCCUGGAUAAGGCAAAAGAAGAAGAAAAGGCAUCAAAAGAGUUUGCUGCGAUGGAGGCAGCUGCUCUGAAAGCAUACCAGGAGGAUUUGAAAAGACUUGGCUUGGAGUCAGAAAUUUCAGAGCCAAGUGUAUCCCCGGUAACGAGCACUGCCGCACCCACCCCUGCAUCAAAUCAACAGAAAGAAAAAAAGAAGAAGAAGAAGAAAGAUUCUUCAAAGGGCAGAUGGAUAGAAGGUGUAACAUCUGACGGCUACCAUUACUAUUAUGAUCUUAUCACAGGGGCAACUCAGUGGGAGAAACCUGAAGGAUUUCAAGGAAACAUAAAAAAGACAGGAGGGAAGACCAUUUGGGUAGAAGGUUUAAGUGAAGAUGGUUAUAACUAUUAUUAUAAUACAGAAACAGGAGAAUCUAAAUGGGAGAAACCUGAUGAUUUCAUUCCACACACUGGCAAUGUGCUUUCUGAUAAAGUCAAUGAAAAGUCAUUUAGUGCCCUAGAAGAAUCAAAAUCAUCAGAUUCACAUAGUGGUUCUGAAGGGGAACAGGAAGCAAAAGAAGAAGUCUCUACAGAAAGACCAAAGCUAAAAAUAAAGUUUAAGGAAAAAAUUAAAAAGACUUUUACAUCUCAGGAAAAAAAUAAAAAGAAUGAAGGAACUAAAUCAGAAACACAGAAAGAAAAAAACAUACCAAAACAAAAUUCAUCAGUUCCAAAUGAAGAAAAACCCAAAGUACAUAAAAAAUCAAAUCCUUACGGAGAAUGGAAAGAAAUUAAAGAAGAAGUCAAGUCUAAUGAAGAGGUAGAUUUGGAACUUCCAAACACUGAAAAUGAGUAUAUAUCAACUUCAGAAGGUGAUGGUGGGGAAUCAAAAGUGGUAUUUAAAGAAAAAACCGUCACUUCUCUUGGAGUUGUGGCGGAUGGUGUGGCCCCCGUUUUCAAAAAGAGAAGAAUUGAAAAUGGAAAAUCUAGAAAUUUAAGGCAACGAGGUGACGAUCAAUAAUUGUAAAAGAACUUCUUGCAUACACUUUUUGGACAGAAUGGAGACAAUACAUCUUAGAGAUUCUCUGUAUGUGUUUCUGACUAUUUUGAUGCUAAAAAUUUAGAUUUAUUCUAAAUGUAUUUUAUGUGAAUUAAAAUAAAUCUUUUUUUAAGAGAAA